UUCUUUAACAUCUCUGGCUCUGCAUUUCUUGCAGUUCACGCUAAUCUCCUGUCUUGGUUCCCUUCUCUCUCUCCAACAAUGGCAGAACAAGCCUGAACUUUCGUUCUUUUGUGUUUUGUUUCCUCUGCUUUGUUGUUUUGAGUCGUAACUUGAACGAGCUUUUUGGCUUAUUACCUCAAAAGGAAAGAAAAAGAAAAAAUGAAGGAGAAGAAGAUGCAGCGAGUGGUUUUAUGUUUAGCAGUGGUGCUUUCUAUGCUUCUUGGUGUUGCUUCUUCUAUGAACAAUGAAGGGAAAGCUCUGAUGGCGAUAAAAGGCUCUUUCAGUAACUUGGUGAAUAUGCUUUUGGAUUGGGACGAUGUUCACAACACUGACUUCUGUUCUUGGCGAGGUGUCUUCUGUGACAACGUUAGCUUCUCCGUUGUCUCUCUGAAUCUGUCCAAUCUGAAUCUUGGAGGGGAGAUAUCUCCAGCUAUUGGAGAUCUAAAGAAUUUGCAAUCAGUAGACUUGGUAGGAAAUAAAUUGGCUGGUCAAAUUCCAGACGAGAUUGGGAACUGUGCUUCGCUUAUUUAUCUGGAUUUGUCUGAUAAUCUGUUAUACGGGGACAUACCCUUCUCAAUCUCUAAACUCAAGCAGCUUGAGACUCUGAAUCUGAAGAACAAUCAGCUUACAGGCCCAGUACCAGCAACCUUAACUCAAAUUCCAAACCUAAGGAGACUUGAUCUUGCAGGCAAUCAUCUAACGGGUGAGAUAUCAAGAUUGCUUUACUGGAAUGAAGUUUUGCAGUACCUUGGUUUACGAGGGAAUAUGUUGACUGGAACGUUGUCUUCUGAUAUGUGUCAGCUAACCGGUUUGUGGUACUUUGAUGUGAGAGGCAAUAAUCUAACUGGAACUAUCCCAGAGAGUAUUGGAAAUUGCACAAGCUUUCAAAUCCUGGACAUAUCUUAUAAUCAGAUAACUGGAGAGAUUCCUUACAAUAUUGGCUUUCUCCAAGUCGCUACUCUGUCACUACAAGGAAACAAACUGACGGGUAGAAUUCCAGAAGUUAUUGGUCUAAUGCAGGCUCUUGCUGUUUUGGAUUUGAGUGACAAUGAGCUCGUUGGUCCUAUCCCACCAAUACUUGGCAAUCUCUCAUUUACUGGAAAGCUAUAUCUCCAUGGCAAUAUGCUCACUGGUCCAAUCCCACCAGAGCUUGGGAAUAUGUCACGUCUCAGUUAUUUGCAAUUAAACGACAACAAGUUGGUGGGAACUAUCCCACCUGAGCUUGGGAAGCUAGAGCAAUUGUUCGAGCUAAAUCUUGCCAAUAACCGUUUGGAAGGGCCCAUACCAUCCAACAUUAGUUCUUGUGCAGCCUUGAAUCAAUUCAUUGUUCAUGGGAACUUCUUGAAUGGAUCUAUACCACUAACAUUUCGCAAUCUGGGGAGCUUAACUUAUCUAAAUCUUUCUUCAAACAAUUUCAAGGGGAAAAUACCAGCAGAGCUUGGACAUAUUAUAAAUCUUGACAAACUAGAUCUGUCUGGCAACAACUUCUCAGGGUCUAUACCAUUAACCCUGGGUGCUCUUGAACACCUUCUCAUAUUAAACCUUAGCAGAAACGAUCUAAGUGGACAACUACCAGCAGAGUUUGGGAACCUUCGAAGCAUUCAGAUGAUUGAUGUAUCAUUCAAUCUGCUCUCCGGAGUUAUUCCCCGUGAACUUGGUCAAUUACAGAAUAUAAACUCUUUGAUAUUGAACAACAACAAGCUUCAUGGGAAAAUUCCAGAUCAGCUUACGAACUGCUUUACUCUUGUCAAUCUGAAUGUCUCCUUCAAUAAUCUGUCUGGGAUAAUCCCACCAAUGAAAAACUUCUCACGUUUUGCUCCAGCCAGCUUUGUUGGAAAUCCAUAUCUUUGUGGAAAUUGGGUUGGAUCUAUUUGCUGUCCUUUACCGAAAUCCCGAGCCUUUUCAAGAGGUGCUCUUGUUUGCAUCGUUCUUGGUGUUAUCACUCUCCUGUGUGUGAUCUUCAUUGCAAUUUACAAAUCAAAGCAGCAGAAGAAGAUCCUAAUAGGUCCCUCAAAACGACCUGAAGGCUCAACCAAGCUAGUGAUUCUCCACAUGGACAUGGCAAUUCACACAUUGGAUGAUAUAAUGAGAGUAACCGAGAAUUUUAGUGAAAAGUUUAUAAUUGGAUACGGUGCUUCUAGCACAGUAUACAAAUGUGCAUUGAAAACUUCCCGACCUAUUGCCAUUAAGCGACUCUACAGUCAGUAUCCGCAUAACUUGCGGGAAUUUGAGACAGAACUCGAGACCAUCGGAAGCAUCAGGCACAGAAACAUUGUCAGCCUGCAUGGAUACGCCUUGUCUCCUGUUGGAAACCUUCUUUUCUAUGACUACAUGGAAAAUGGUUCACUUUGGGACCUUCUUCAUGGAGAGUCACUAAAGAAAGUGAAGCUUGAUUGGGAGACGAGGUUGAAGAUAGCGGUUGGAGCUGCACAAGGACUCGCUUAUCUCCACCACGAUUGUACUCCUCGGAUCAUUCACCGUGACAUCAAGUCAUCAAAUAUACUUCUCGACGAGAAUUUUGAAGCACAUUUAUCAGAUUUUGGGAUUGCUAAAAGCAUACCAGCUAGCAAAACUCAUGCUUCGACUUAUGUUUUAGGAACAAUUGGUUACAUUGACCCAGAGUAUGCUCGUACUUCACGUCUCAACGAGAAGUCUGACAUCUAUAGCUUUGGGAUUGUUCUUCUUGAGCUUCUUACCGGGAAGAAAGCAGUGGAUAAUGAAGCCAACUUGCACCAACUGAUAUUGUCAAAGGCUGAUGAUAAUACUGUGAUGGAAGCUGUUGAUCCAGAGGUUACAGUGACUUGUGUAGACUUAGGACAUAUCAGGAAGACAUUUCAGCUGGCUCUCUUAUGCACAAAGCGAAACCCUUUAGAGAGACCCACAAUGCUUGAAGUCUCUAGGGUCCUACUCUCUCUUCUUCCAUCUCUGCAAGUAGCCAAGAAGCUGCAAGAGCCUUCUCUUGAUAAAUCAACCAAAAAGCCGCAGCAAGAGAGUGAAGUUAGGAAUCGUGAGGCAGAAGCAUCAGAAUGGUUUGUUCAGUUCCGUGAAGUCAUCUCCAAAAGUAGCAUAUAAAAUUUCAGCUUUAAAGAGAAUCAGGGUUUGUUUAGUUUAUUUUAUCCUAAGGAAGAUAGUGUUGCUGAUUGGAAGGUUUUUACAGUGAAUGUAGGGUAGUACAAGGGGUAUUUUGGGUAAGGAAAAAGAAGGUAUGUGAAACAUUUAAGACAAGAACAAAGGUUAUAUGAAAGAAAAGGAUAUAUGAAGUUAAUGUUUGUUUUCUCCCAAGAA